AGCCCCGGUAUAUCCCGGCAGGCUUUGCGGCAGCGACGCCUCGGUGUAUCCCGGAAGGCUUUGCGGCAGCGAGGCCCCGUUAUAUCCCGGCAGGCUUUGCGGGAGUUAGGCCCCGGUAUAUCCCGGCAGGCUUCGCGGCAGCUAUGCCUCGGUGUAUCCCGGCAGGCUUUGCGGCAGCGAGGCCCCGGUGUAUCCCGUCAGGCUUUGCGGCAGCGAGGCCCCGUUAUAUCCCGGCAGGCUUUGCGGGAGUUAGGCCCCGGUGUAUCCCGGCAGGCUUUGCGGCAACGAGGCCUCGGUGUAUCCCGGCAGGCUUUGCGGCCAAAACGCCCCGGUAUAUCCCGGCAGGCUUUGCGGCAGCGAGGCCUCGGUGUAUCCCGGCAGGCUUUGCGGCAGCAGUAACGCCCCGGUGUAUCCCGGCUGGCUUUGCGGCAGUAACGCCCCGGUGUAUCCCGUUAGGCUUUGCGGCAGCGACGCCCCGGUAUAUCCCGGCAGGCUUUGCGGCAGCGAGGCCCCGGUAUAUCCCGGCAGGCUUUGCGGCAGUAACGCCACGGUAUAUCCCGGCAGGCUUUGCGGCAGCGAGGCCUCGGUGUAUCCCGGCAGGCUCUGCGGCCCAAACGCCCCGGUGUAUGCCGUUAGGCUUUGCGGCAGCUAUGCCUCGGUGUAUCCCGUUAGGCUUUGCGGCAGUGACGCCCCGGGGUAUCCCGACAGUCUUUGCGGCAAUAAAGCCUCGGUAUAUCCCGGCAGGCUUUGCGGCAGUAACGCCCCGGUAUAUCCCGACAGGCUUUGCGGCAGCUAGGCCCCGGUAUAUCCCGGCAGGCUUUGCGGCCAAAACGCCCCGGUAUAUCCCGGCAGGCUUUGCAACAAUAAAGCCCCGGUAUAUCCCGGCAGGCUUUGCGGCAGCGACGCCCCGGUAUAUCCCGACAGGCUUUGCGGCAGCAGUAACGCCCCGGUGUAUCCCGGCAGGCUCUGCGGCAGCUAGGCCUCGGUGUAUCCCGGCAGGCUUUGCGGCAGCGAAGCCCCGGUAUAUCCCGGCAGGCUUUGCGGCAGCGAGGCCUCGGUGUAUCCCGGGGGCUUUGCGGCAGCUAGGCCUCGGUAUAUCCCAUUAGGCUUUGCGGCAGCUAGGCCUCGGUGUAUCCCGGCAGGCUUUGCGGCAGCGAGGCCUCGGUGUAUCCCGGCAGGCUUUGCGGCAACGACGCCUCGGUAUAUCCCGGCAGGCUUUGCGGCAGUAACGCCCCGGUGUAUCCCGGCAGGCUGUGAGGGAGUUAGGCCCUGGUGUAUCCCGGCAGGCUUUGCGGCAGCGACGCCCCGGUAUAUCCCGGCAGUCUUUCCGGCAGCUAGGCCUCGGUGUAUCCCGUUAGGCUUUGCGGCAGCAAAGCCCCGGUAUAUCCCGACAGGCUUUGCGGCAAUAAAGCCUCGGUGUAUCCCGUUAGGCUUUGCGGCAGCGAGGCCUCGGUAUAUCCCGGCAGGCUUUGCGGCAACGACGCCUCGGUAUAUCCCGUUAGGCUUUGCGGCCAAAACGCCCCGGUGUAUCCCGGCAGGCUUUGCGGCAGCAGUAACGCCCCGGUAUAUCCCGAUAGGCUUUGCGGCAGCAGUAACGCCCCGGUGUAUCCCGGCAGGCUUUGCGGCAGCUAGGCCCCGGUAUAUCCCGGCAGGCUUUGCGGCAGCGAGGCCUCGGUGUAUCCCGGCAGGCUUUGCGGCAGCUAGGCCCCGGUAUAUCCCGGCAGGCUUUGCGGCAAUAAAGCCUCGGUGUAUCCCGGCAGG